GUAUAUUUUUUUUUAAAAAUAUAUUCCGACACUAAAUCAUAUGGCAAUUCUUUGUCUCAUAUUUAGCGCAUUUGUACUUUUCACUAAUUUGUAUUCUAAGAUAGUGGGCACUGAACCGUUAGAUAUUUCUAAGAUAAAGUUGAUUUAUUCAUUUAACAAUAUUAAUAAUGCGGGUAAAAAUGAUGCAAAGGGAUUUUAUCCCUCUGAAGAUUCGUGCAAAAUUACGAGAAAAUCUCCAGGAACUUCUAGUCAAGCGUUGCAGUUAUCACCUCAAAAUCCGAUUAUCUUGGAAGGAAAUUUCGAAAAAGAUACCCCAGCCUUUUUGAGCCUUCGUGACUGUCAACUUUUAAUGACCAUCGAAAAGCCUACCACCAUCGAUAUGAAUAUAACUUUUUCGUGGAACGGUAAGUUGAUAUCCUUAAACGCUCUACGAGCUAAGAAGAAUCCCAAUCCACUAUCAUAUCCGGGGGUGAUAAAAAUUACAAAAAUAACGAUAUACAAGAAUAAAGAUAUGCAGAAUGUCAGUUUAAACAAUUAUCAAGAAAGUUCUGGUAAAGAUUCAACCAUUUUCACUGAGGGUUCUGGAGAUUUUGGUCCAAUAAACUCAGAAAUAUUUAACAACGCUAUUAUAAGCCAAGAAAAAAACAAAAAUAUACCAGCGGAAAUUCCAGUAAAUGAAGUUACUAAUUCUUCCACGAGUCCCAAUCCUAUAUGGCACGCCUUCGAUAUCAAGCAUCAUUUAUCUAAAAUGAUAGACAAUUUAAACGGAUAUUUUAAAGAGGAUGAACUAAAAAACGAUAAUGAUACCAGGAAAAUUAUCCAAAAAGUUGUCAAUAAAUUUGAAACGCAAAAGAUUGUCUAUGGUAAACCCUCGAUUUCUAGAAUUUUUGAAGCAGAGCCUGUUAGAUUGAUAUCUCGACAAGUUUACUUUAACAGACAACAGAAUGCGAAUAUGACUCGCUAUGAGUUAUCGAUAGAUGAAGUUUCUCUGAGAUACGAAUUCUCGCGAGAAUAUAGUUUAGCGACUGACAAACAAGCCGUUCUAGAAUUAAAUGUCGGGAAUAGUUUCGGAAACAAGAUUAUUAUCACUUUAGCAAGGUCCUAAACUUUACGUAAAUAUGAUAAUAGUAAGUAUACAAACACAACCCUAAUUUUUAAUAAAAAGAAUAUAAUUUAAGUUUUUCGCGAUUAUUUGUAUAUAUAUAUUGCUAAUUUAAUAUGAUGUUUUGUGAAAUAUUUUAUAAUUUCAUUACCUACCCUAAAUUGUCGCUUGUAUUUAUUAUGAUUCUUAUUAUUUUAAGUAUUUUAAUAGGUGUACUUUAAAAUAAAAACAAGAAAAACGCAAGAAAUGUCUAUA